CUUCCUCCCUAACGUUCAACUGCGAAAGAUAUGGGUCACGGAAAUUCUAACAAGUUGUACAUCACACAUGCUGAGCACUCUGGGCAGUUUGGUUCGCACUCGUCGUCUAUAGGAUACAAGCAGAAAGCAGAAGCACCUCAUCCUGCGUCGAUCACUCCUUUUGACUGUUGUGCCAUCUCGUUCCAACCCUUCAGCCAUCCUGUUUGCGCGCGCAACGAGGAUGGGACCGGAACGGUCUUCGACCUAGUCAACAUCAUUCCCUGGCUGAAACAGCAUAACAACACCCACCCGAUUACGAAAGCACCCUUGAACCCAACUGACCUCAUAACGCUGCACUAUUCACGCAAAGAGUCAUCAAACGAGUUGCACGAUCCCAUCAGCUUCAAACUUUUCAGCCAGCACUCUCAUAUCGUUGCAAUUUCAACAACUGGCAACGUAUUUCUCGCAGAGAGCAUCAAGGGUGGGCGGGACCUCAUAAGUGAUGUCCCUUACAAAAAGUUUGUCUCAUCUCUGAAGCACAGUGGAACCAAGCUCAACUUUCUCAGGGAGGAUGUGAUAACACUGCAGAAUCCGCAUGACCUUCCUUCAGUAUCCAUCGCUGCUGCCAAGUCUGUUGCCACAGCUGCACCCGAGAAUGAUAAGAAGGCCAUGGCCCCUCCGUCCGUGAUACCUGUGAAGGCAAAAGCAGAGGUUCCAUGGAACGUGUCACCGUAUUCAAAUGGUUUACCUGGUGCCAGUUUGACUUCGACUUCGGUCGACCCAACGGCCAAUGUAUCUUCUAAAUUGGUCUGGGAUGAGGAGGAACUUAUGUUCGAGGACAUCUCCAAUCCUCUCAAAGGCAAAGGAAAGGAAAAGGAUGUCGGAAAGAGGCGUGCAUACGUUCGCGUGAUUACAAAUCUGGGUGGAAGCAGUCUGAACUUGGAACUAUUUUGUGACAAGGCACCGAAAACAUGCUAUAAUUUUCUGAUGUUGGCUAAAGCAGGCAAAUACAACGACUGUCUCUUCCAUCGAUUAGUUCCCGGCUUUAUGGUCCAGACGGGUGAUCCGACUGGCACUGGGUCUGGAGGAUCUUCAUAUUGGGGAACACCCUUCCGUGACGAAUACGAUCUAAAGAACGCUGCACGACAUGAUUCGAGAGGCACGCUUGCGAUGGCAAACAAAGGAGCGGGGACGAACGGCUCUCAGUGGUACUUGACGUUCAAGCCAUGCCCUCAUCUGGACAAGAAGCACACCGUAUUCGGGAAACUUGUUGGCGGAGAAGAUGUGCUGGACGCGAUCGAAAAGGUCGGAGUCAAAGAAGGCGGCUCGCGGCCACUCAAACCAAUUCGUAUCACAGAAGUUGUCAUUUACCAGGAUCCCUUCGAAGAGUACAAGACACGAUUGGCCAAGAAAUUGGCCAGGAAGAAAGAAGCGGAACAAGGCGCCCCGGCGGAUAAACCAGUUGUCAAGCAGGGAGACGGAGUGAAUUGGUUCGGCGUCAAAGUCGGUUCUGAAUCAGCUCCUGUAGUAGCUGCUGAAGGUGGUGUUGGCAAAUACCUGGGCCUCAAACGAUCGCAGGAGACCACUGCCUUUGAUCAAUCUGGGGCUGAGGGCAAGAAAAAGCGCAAGAUAGGAUUUGGCUCCUUCGAUAGCUGGUGA